CGAAAAGGGAACCGUUCACUUUCAUAAGAUAAGCCGCACUUUCAACCUCUCUGUGUCCAUAUCAUUCAAAACUCGGAAACAGCUUUCCUUCAUUUUCCGCAACGUCAAAUCUCUAUUCACCACUCGUAUGGGAAUUUUCUCGGAGGCCCAUGUUUGCCAGUGUUUAAGCCGUUUGGCCACCCAAAAACGUAACUCGUUCGUUACUAUCAGCGGCGGCCGCCAGAAAACCGGCCAGCAGUUCGUUGAGAGCGUCCUGUGUCUGGCUCGUGGCCUGCUCCGACUUGGCCUCCGAAACGGCGAUGUUGUUGCAAUCUCUGCUUUCAACAGUGAUUGGUAUCUAGAGUGGAUACUAGCUGUUGCAUUUAUUGGAGGCAUAGUUGCUCCUUUGAAUUAUCGAUGGAGCAUUGAAGAGGCUAGAAUGGCAAUGGUAACCAUAAGACCAAAAAUGUUGGUGACAGAUGAAAGCUGUUGCCACUGGCAUUCUGCACCCCACGGUGAAUCUAUACCGUCUUUAACGUGGCAUGUCUCAUUAAGCUCCCCUUCCUCGGAUGUUAUAAACAAAUGCAACAUAUUAACUGUGGAAAUGCUUGUGGAGCAAUCUGUAAGAUUUGGAUCGAUGAAUUACUCAUUUGCACCAGAGGGUGCUGUUGUAAUAUGCUUCACGUCAGGAACUACUGGUAGGCCAAAGGGAGUUGUGAUGAGCCAUACAGCUUUAAUUGUACAAUCCCUCGCAAAAGUGGCAAUUGUUGGUUACAGUGAGGAUGAUGUUUAUUUACAUACUACUCCCUUGUGCCACAUUGGUGGUUUGUCCUCAGCCAUGGCCAUGCUAAUGGUAGGAGCUUGCCAUAUCUUCAUACCCAAGUUUGAAGCUACAUUAGCCCUCGAAGCCAUAGAACAACACUGUGUGACUUCUCUAAUUACUGUCCCAGCAAUAAUGGCUGAUCUAAUCUCAUCAACCAGGCUGAAUCGAAGUUGGAAAGGAAGUGACAGUGUGAAGAAGAUAUUAAAUGGAGGAGGAGGCCUAUCGGACAACAUUAUUAAAGAUGCAAUCAAAUUAUUCCCAAGAGCAAAACUUCUUUCUGCUUAUGGGAUGACAGAGGCAUGUUCUUCUCUGGCCUUCACGACCCUCUUUGACUCAAUGCUCAAGGCAACUGGUACAUCACUGCAGAUGUUUGCAGAAACUAAUUCAAGUCCUGUCAAAAUACGAGGUGUUUGUGUCGGCAAGCCUGCUCCACAUGUUGAAAUAAAAAUACGCAAAUAUGGCUCUUCUAAUGUUGGAAAGAUUUUCACCAGAGGUCCACACGUAAUGCUAAGAUACUGGGAUCAAAUUCCAGAAAAGGCAUCAGAUUCUAUCGAAGAAGCUUGGCUAGACACGGGUGACAUCGGGUUCGUUGAUGACCAGGGUAACUUGUGGCUUGUUGGACGAACCAAUGGUCGAAUCAAAAGUGGAGGAGAAAAUAUAUACCCUGAAGAGGUAGAAGCAGUGUUAAUACAACAUCCCGGAGUUCUUUCCUCCAUUGUUGUAGGAAUCCCUGAUCCUCGUCUAGCAGAGACGGUUGUCGCUUGCAUUCGAUUAAGAGAGAAUUGGCAGUGGUCUGAUGACAGUUCAGUUCAAAGCAACGAGCUAUUCCUGUCUAGUACAAUCCUUCGACGUUAUUGUAGAGAAAAGAAUUUAACCGGGUUUAAAAUACCAAAGAGAUUUAUAUUAUGGAGGACCCAAUUUCCAUUAACAACAACCGGAAAGAUAAGAAGAGACCAAGUUAGAAGAGAAGUUGAGUCCCAGCUAUUUCCUUUUCCUAGUAAUCUUUGACAAUUUACUUCUGCUUAUUCAUCACCCGCAACGGGAUGGUGUUCAAUUAUCUAGAUUCGUAAAGU